CGAACCGCACGAGGUCGCAAAAUAAGUGGGGUCCCUCAACAGAAUUGGCCAAUCAUACGGCACCCGGGCCAUCCGUUCAGGCAUGCUGGGCCAAACAAGAACCUGGUUGGCCUGGAUUUCGAUGUGACGGACUCCAGACACGACGAACUCGACUCCAGCAAGUAUUCCGUCCACGACACCGGGUGAAUUCGAGAGGUAUUGCAGCAACAGAGACGAACGCGAAGCCCAAACCCGCUACGGCGAAGCCGCAGAUUCCUCGCUAAGGAAUUCCAGGCGCAAUCCCCUUGUUGUCCAGCAGCGCCGAGCCAGAAGAACGCGAACCCGAACGAACCCCUUUUCGCAAACUACCAUCAACCACCACCACCACCACCACCACCACCACCACCACCACCACCAUGGCCUCCCACCUCGAGUCGUUCAGCAAGUGGCUGAAGCUCAAGAUCCACCAGUUCGAGGUGACCCUGAGCGUGAACCUCUACACGCCCGACGAGAGAUUCAUCUUCUACUCGGUCCUCUUCCUGCUCGUCUCCCUCACCUUCAUCGCGACCGUGCUCUACCUCCCUCAGCACGUGCAGUUCGUCAUCAGCCGCGCCUGGUUCUACAUGCACGGCGACGGCUACGAGUCGGCGGCGGGUGGGUUGGCCAAGGGGGUGGUCAACUCGGCCGUGGGGACGACGACAGCGGCGGCUGCGGCGGUAGAGCGGACGGCCGAGGCCGUGCGAGAGCUUUGAGGUGUGAUUGACAACAGGUUCGGGCGGGCGGUGCGGGAAGGAAUAAGCGAGGGUUAAUUGGGGACGGUUCUUUAGGGAGUCGGCAGCUAAACGACUGGGAGAUAUACGUGGGUGGGGACGGAAUAGCGGUCGGCCAUAUAUUUUUGGAAGCGGUAUGAGUCCUUCGUGUGGUAAUGUGAGGGCGAUGGAUGCGCAUGAAUG